AUGUAUUGCUCCAAUUCAUCCACACGGUGCGUUAAGGAAUGCGAUAUUGGCGGUAUCUUCGGCGACUUUCGCUUCCACAUCUUAAGCCAAUUUCAGGGCUCUUGCCAUUUUUCCUGGAUAGUUUGUUACAAUUGGUUAAAUCUUUGUUGGUUAAAUAUUUAUAGAUUUAUUAAUAAAAGGUUGUUUAUUGUUAUAGGAAGAACAAGAGCGGGGUCUGACCAUAGUCCAUAUUGGGAGCAGCCUUUCAGUCAACCAUAUUUUGACAACUCCACCAGGCGAGAAGUAACCACGACUGUUGGCCAAACUGCUCAUUUACAUUGUCGGGUUCGCAAUUUAGGCGAUAGAGCUGUGUCCUGGAUUCGUAAACGAGACCUUCACAUCCUUACCGUGGGGAUUCUUACAUAUACCAACGAUCAGCGAUUUCAGUCCCUUCAUACCGAUGGAUCAGAUGAAUGGACUCUAAAAGUGACAUCUCCCCAAACCCGCGACUCUGGAAUAUACGAAUGUCAGGUCAGCACCGAACCAAAAAUUAGCCAAGCGUACAAACUAAACGUUGUUGUAUCAAAGGCGAAGAUAAUGGGUAACGCUGAGUUAUACAUCAAAAGUGGAAGCGACAUUAAUCUUACGUGUAUUGUACUGCAAACGCCGGAUCCCCCGAGCUUUAUUUUCUGGUACCGUGGAGGAAAUGUCAUUAACUACUCGCAAAGAGGUGGAAUAAAUGUGGUGACGGAAAAACAAACUCGCACCAGCCGCCUUCUCAUAUCAAAAGCUUUACCUACGGACAGUGGAAAUUAUACUUGCUCGCCCUCCAGUAGUGACGCCGCAAGUGUGUUUGUUCACGUCUUGAAUGGAGAACAACCAGCUGCAAUGCAGCAUGGAAAUAAUAGUAAUACCGCCAUUUGUUGGACCAUAGAUACAUUAGUAUUACUAUUAUUACAGUGUUUCGUACUUGAAAGGUGAAUUGUGGGUUUUAUCGUUUAUGUGAUUCAAUAAUAUCAACGACAAAUGCCCGUAGUCGAAGAGGCAUUUUAUUGUAAAUAUCAUUGAAUAUGACCAGUUAGUUAUUGUACGUAAAAUAUAUCAUCUGGUUUUUGUUAAACUUAAAUGUAGAUUUUAUACAUGUAUAGAAACCAUUAGUUGUUGUUACAAUUAGUCUGACCAUAAUAGAUUCACUCAAUAUUGUGUAACUAUCUAUUUUGAAUACCCAUAACAUAAUAUAGUGCAAUUACUUUACCUGUGAAAUAAUUGAAUAUAGGUACUCAUCAUAAUAAAACAGCAUUCCCAGAUGAAAAUUGCCAGAAAAAGAAAAAAUAGUAACCCAAAUAGGUAGUUACCUAAUCGGCGAAGGAGAUGCGUAAUUCACACGCAUCGCACAGCAACCAUUCUCGUCCAUUUUGAAACUAGUGCAUACGUUCUUAAUUACAAUAAAACCCCUCUUAAUGACUUCCUUCAUUACAUAAUAGUACUACAGGUUACACGCCUGUUAAAUUGCGUUCGACAGUAAACAUGUUAUACACGGCAAAUGGUGUAAUAUACAACACCAAAUCACUUGCCACCUCUUUUCCUCCAUUAAUACACUAUCUCCACACCCUCGAGAUGUAAAACUUUAAAUAUAGUAACCGACAACGUAUUUAUGUAUGUAACUUAUUGGUAUCCAGAGCAUUAACGUGAUGUAAGUAACGAAUUAUUUUCUUUGUAGUGCCCUUUUAGGUUAAUCUCUCCAUUUAAAGUGCGGCUAGUUAAUAACUGGUGGCAAAGUCUUGGGUUCGUUACACAAAAUUAUGAACUGAGUUAGGGCGCCACAAAGUUUGAAUAAAGUCAGGAUGCGGGUGCAGUAAUA